AUGUUAAGCCCGACAAGAACCACACCCUCAAUCGCUCCAGAUGGUCUAGGACGGGGUCUCUUCGCCGCGACCGACAUCAGCCCCGGACAAGACGUCCUGCACAUCUCGACGCCCUUCGUGGCAGUCUUAGACACCCACCAGUUGGGGAACAUAUGCUCUGGCUGCUUGGGAAGAAGACAGCUCGAGAACGAAGACCGACGCCUGAAAGGCUGCACCGGCUGCCAGGUCGUGAAAUACUGCGAUAAGACAUGUCAAGCCAAGGACUGGAAGUUCGCGCAUGCGCUCGAAUGCGCCAUCUUCGAGAAGCUGCGGCCGCGGAUUCUCCCGAUCAACGCGAGGGCCGUGCUGCGCAUGGUGUUGCGCAGCGAACGACAGAAGUACCCCCCCGAGGAGGUGGAGCUGUUCCGGCAGCUCGAGACGCAUAUCAACGACAUCCGGGCGGAGAACCCCGCGCAAUGGCAGCGGAUCGCGAUCUCGUCGAAGGCUGUGAAGGCUUAUUCGGGCGUUGAGAUGGUGGAGGAAUUGAUCUCGGCUUAUGGGGCUAAGCUGGAACUCAACUCCUUCAACCUGACGAAUGCAUUAUACGACCGCAUCGGCCUCUACCUCCACCCGUACGCGGCGCUCAUGAACCACAGCUGCGCCUACAACACCGUCGUCGGCUUCGACGGCGCCGAGCUGUUCGUCAAAGCCAUCCGGCCCAUCGCCCAGGGCGACCAGAUCUUCAUCUCCUACGUCGACACCACCAACCCGCGCCCGCUGCGGCGGAAGGAGCUCCGCGAACGAUACUACUUCCGCUGCCGGUGCACGCGAUGUGAGCAGCAGAGGGAUGGAGACGACGAAGACGACGACGAACAAGAACCAACAAACGCAGCAGAAACCAAAGCUUACGCCCUCCUCUCUCGCACAUCCUCGGACUACUCCUCCGAUCACCCUCUUCCUCAAGACACCGCCACCCUGGCCACCGAGAUCUCCGCUUUACUCCAAGCCCUACCCCCGAGUUGCACCACAACCCAGCCCUACGUCUCCCUCCGCGACGAACUGAUCGUCGCCCUGCUCACCUGCCAGCGCUACAAGGCGGCCUUCGCGCACGCCGCGGUGCGGUACCUCCGCAUCGACCCCGCCGUGUAUCCGCAGGAGAUCCAUCCGAUCCGGCAGGUGCAUGCGUGGGCGCUGGCCCGGUUGGCGGUGGUGCUGUCGCAGGGGGUGGAGGUGGCGCACGGUGGGGAGGAUGAGGUGGCGCUGGAGCGGUUCGAGGUGAAUUUCAGUCUCGUGCUGUGGGAGGUGUUGCGGCGGUUGGUCGGGCUGGAGGGUACGAGUGCGGCGGUGCCGGCGUUCCAGGGGUUGGUGAGCGGGUUGUUCGCGCAGGUCCAGGCGGAGUUUGCGGCCGCGGGGCUGGAUCCGAUGCAGAUGGAGGGACAAAUACGGGAGGAGUGGGGGAAGCUUGGAAGAUUAGUGGAGUGGACCUUACAUGGGAAUGCAUAG